CACCCAUUUUUAUUCCUUGUUAAGAAAUUUCGUCUUGUUCAUUUGGACCACAACGUUUCCUGAGAAGUAAAAAGAGUCCUUCCCCUCGUCACUAAAAUCCCAAGGCUUGUCAACAAUUCAAUUUCAAACUUGAUCAUAUAUGUGUACAUAUAAUUACACUCAGGGAGAAAUGGGUUGCAGAAAUGGCGGCCUGAGGGAGGAAGAGAACGACGCGAUGGCGGCUUCACUGACAGCGAGCGACGCUUUGCUAUUCGCAACCAUGUGCAUCGUUGAGCUCCCGGUGGAUGUUCAUGCAAAGGAUGGCUCUAUUUAUACUGGAAUUUUUUACACCGCCCGUGUCGACAAGGACUAUGCUGUAGUGCUGAAGAAUGCGAGGAUGAUUAAAAAGGGGAACCGGGCUUCAAAUGUUGCAAAUGGGAGUAUGAUAGAAACACUUAUAGUUCAGUCAGAAGAUCUUGUACAAGUUGUUGCUAAGGAAGUUCCUAUUCCUUCAAAUGAAGUUUCUGGAUAUCUAAGGAGGGAUGGUUUAGAGGCCAUUGCAGGCACUAAUGAAUGUUCAGAGAGGGAGGCAAAAGCUAACGAGUCCAGUGGCGAUAAAAAGCACAGAAGUGAGACAAGGUUUUCAGCUAGCUCAGAGAAUGAUUUUGCUUAUAGUUUUGCAGCUGAUGUGGAAAGUCACUCGAGCAGAUCCACAGAAGAAGAAAAUGAGAGAUCAGAUGGCACUGAUUUUGGAAAGAUGGAGGAGGCACAUAUUGUUUCGGUUGGUGGAAGACAGAUUUGGGAUGUCUCGGGGGAAAAACAGAGUAAUCACAGAGAGAACCCUGAGUUUCAAGAUGAAAAAACUACCUGUGAAGUUCAAGGCUCAAGUUUAAGCUUGGAUGUUUGUCAAUCUCAAUCAACUGCUGCUGAGAAUAUAUUGGGGGAAAUGGAUAUGCAAAAUAUGCUUAAAGGAUUAUCUUCUGGUAGUCAUGCUGCCACCAUGGUCAAACUGGAUAAUCAGAAUCAAAAGAGGCCCACUUCAGAAAAGACCAAAAGUCCAGAUGCUCUUUCAUCUAGUGUUUCUGUAGCUGUCACCCCGACCGUCAUCGUUUCUUCAGGGUCAAACCCCAGUUCAUCCUCGGCUUCUACUCCAUCAGUGCCUCCAAAAGGUUCCAAUUUAAAUAGAGCUGCUAAGGAAUUCAAGCUCAAUCCUGAAGCAAAAAUAUUUUCUCCCUCGCCAUUGCAUCAUAGAUCAGUGACUCCUCCUGCAGUGCAAGCAGAAGCAAGUGUUACUUACAUGCCAGAAGUCUACGCUAUGGUACCAAUUGCUACUGCAGAAAACAAAGAUGACAUCAGUUUGUUUGCUCCUCAUUCUUCUCUGCCUGUGACAUUUGUCCCAUACAAUGAUGUCAUCAUUGGAAAUGGCAGCAGUGAUGCACCAUAUGCCCAACCUGUCGUUUGCCAAGUCUUAAGCACGACACAACCAAUUAGAUAUGCCAGUCAGUAUCAUAACCUUCAAGCUGGGACUGCUUAUAUGUAUCCAAAUUCUCAAAAUGUAUAUAGUUAUUGCAGGACGAGCGGGGCCUCUUGUUUGUGUGUAUCCCAUUUCAGACACCAUUCCGAGUGCGGCAGGAUAUUCUCAAGCAGCUACAGGACCUCUCUUAACUCCACAUCAAAUGCGUCAUCCCAAGUACCAAGGUAUAAACUCUACAAGUUUAUUGUUGAUCAUUGAAGUGCAUUACUGAAAGUUGGAUUAUUUCUUUUAAGUGUUCUAUUAUUCGUGUAUAAUAAAAGUUAAAAGCCUGAAAAGAAAUUUGCAGUCUUCCUGCUUGUUUCCUUGAUAUUUGAUGUGUAAGCAUACCCUUUAUUAUUCAGCUCUUGGAAAUAUAGUUUUUACUUGACGUCAUAAUUGUAGAAGAACUAGUCAUCAAGCAGGCAGCAGUAG